AUGCCUGCUGCACCUAAAUCCGGACCAGCGCUCUUCCUGGGGAUCGAGCUGGCGACAGACCAGCUACGGGCUUCAAUCGUCGACGAAAGUCUCGAACUUGUUGGGGUGGAAGCUGUCGAUUUUGAUUCAGAAUUACCAGAGUAUCAAACUCAUGGAGGCAUCUUUACGACCCCAGGCGAGGCCUACACAACACCUGUGGAAAUGUGGAUCAAAGGCUUCGAUUUACUCCUCGAGAAACUACACCGAAAUCACGACCUUACAAGAAUCAAAGCCAUUGGAGGUGCUGCCCAACACGCCCUUGUCUGGUGGAAAUCGACGACAAUCCCUUCACUAUCAUCAUUGGAUCCACACACACCCUUCCAUCAACAUUUCCCCGCAUCCAGCUUUUCCCUCCCGAAUACCCCAACAGCAUCAGAUACGUCGUCCCACAGCCAUGCUCUGGCCAUUGAAAGUCUCCUGGGGGGACCUGACCAUAUGGCAUCCCGCGUCGGCAUGUCGGCCACCGCCUCGAUGGUGUCCGCACAGCUGAUGCGCGUUCGAGAAAGUUGGCCAGUGGAGGUCUGGGGUAGGACUGGUCGAGUACAACUUGCCAGUGCCUUCAUUGGAAGUCUUAUCACGGGCAAGUGGAUGGCGAUGAGCGAGUCGGAGGCAUGUGCUACGGGCAUGUGGGUCCACGGGGCAAACCCAAACAACACACACAGUUCGAACCAAGGAUACUGGGAUGAAGAUAUUUUGGAAAUCGUAGCAGGGAGCCGAGAAGACGGAAGGCGUGUACGAGGCUGGCUCGGCGAGGUCGACACGACUGGCGGAGCCAGACGUGUUGGCAAUGUCUCGCGAUACCUCGUCGAACGGUACGGCUUCGAUCCCGAUACCAUCGUUUCAUCAUUUACUUCGGACUAUCUAUCAACAUAUCUCUCGCUCUGUCCUUCCCCUAAUGAUGCCGUCCUCGAAUUUGGACCUAUGGAUACCUUACUCACACCAGCGCAGCAUUAUAUCCCUACACGCCUUUAUAAUCUAUUCCCUCACCCCGCUCAAGAGGCGGGCGAAAAACGAAGAUACAUUGCCGCCCUUUCCAGCAGGAACGGCGAUGUCCCUCGCGCCCUCGUUCGCGACAUGUAUACCAAGAGUUGGAGUGCCUUUGACCGCCUGGUUGCGAUUGUUCCCCCUGGUGGAUCGAUAGGGUUGGACGAUAAGCUCUUCAGCUUCUGGCACCUGCAAGGGGACAGCUACCCGUUCUCCCGAGUCAAGGGAAUCUAUCGGUUCGAGACAGGCAUCAAAGUCAACGAAUUCCGUGAUCUCCGUGCCAACCCUCGAUGUCUCCUCGAAAGUCAGCUGCUCUCUUUCCGGGUGAAGUGGUCGCGACUCUUGUCCACAGGCGUCCUGGGCACCAGAAAGUCGGGCCGCAACCAAACACCACCUGUGCCAGCACGAUCGGCAGCCACCUUGACGAGCUUGGGGUUGCCUUUCGAUCCCUAUGAUCACACUGUCCUUCCCUCCAGGGUGAUCGCCACCGGCGCAGCAGCCAACUUCCCUAGCGUCUCUAACCUCGUGGGGGAUAUUUUCAAUGCCCCCGUCUUUGUCCCCAACACCCAGGUCGAUUCCGCCCAGAUCUCACCACAUAGGAACGCCCCAGCCCAAGGGUACCCCAGCCGUCCUGCUCUUGGCGGUGCUUACGUUGCCCGAUGGGUGUGGGGACGGGAAUGGGGCAUGGGUGGCUUGGCUGUGUUCGAGGACGAGAUUCGGCGGUUACUGGGCAAGCGAUGGGUCUCGACGGGUGGCAUGCCACUGCGAACCAACAUCAAUGGCCCUCCAAACGUGCCCAUGGCCUUGACACCUGGAAGUGGCGCCAACUCCGGUGCGAGCACUCCGUUCGGACACCCUGGUCCUCGAUCUACUCUUGGUGCGACUGUAUUUGUUGAGGAAGAUGAAGACGAGGAGAUCGAGAGGGAAAGGAACGGUCGUGCGGGGCAGUCCUUGACACCAGGUCACGCCUAUCCCAAUGCUGUCUCGUACAUGGAUGCAGGGUCCUCGCGGUUGAGACCGGCCACGAGCAACGACACGCUUCAGACAAGCACCAGCGUUGGUCAGACAUCCACCGCCUUCACCACCCCUGACCUUAGCUUGAGCAACCUCGGCGUCGCUGCCAACGGAACUACUGUCACACCAGCCACACCAACUCCCCUAGCGCCAGUCACCGCCCUUCCGACCUCGGAUGCCGAAGCCCAGAUCGGCCUUGCCAAGGUGGCAGAAUCAGACGUUGAUGCAUUCUUGACCUACGCUGCCAUCGUCCCUGAGUACUGUCGACUAGAGAACAUACUGAUCAAAGGUAUCGUUUAG